AUGGCGAAUUCCGCGAGGUCCUCGACCGUAGCGGGUGACAUACCCUCGACGAAUUUACCAUCAAUUCCGAAGGAGGAAGCAUUUCAUGAUGACUCCAAGGUACCUUUCCUCACGGCCAGGACGUUCCUCAUGGCUGUCCUUGUCUCGAUGGGCGGGAUAUGUUUCGGAUACGACACUGGUCAAAUUUCAGGCUUUUUACAAAUGGACAACUUUCUCUACCAGUUCGCUGACAACCGUGAGACUCUUGAACUCAGCGAUAUCCGCACUGGUCUCAUCGUUGCAAUGCUCUCGAUCGGAACCUUGAUCGGUGCUCUGAUUGCUGGCCCAGUAGCCAACAAUAGACGGCUAGGACGAAAGUACAGCAUUUGCCUUUGGUGUGUCGUCUUCUGUCUAGGCAACGUGUUUCAGAUUGCCGCUCAAUACCCAUACUGGUGGAUUUUGAUGAUGGGACGCAUCAUAUCUGGUUUUGCUAUAGGUGGGUUGUCGGUCAUGGUGCCAGCAUACCAGGGCGAGAGUGCUCCCACCCACGUCCGAGGAGCCAUCGUUUGUUGCUACCAGCUCUUUAUCACUAUCGGUAUUCUACUAGCCUACUUGAUCAAUUUUGGUUGCGUGAACUUGUCCGGUCCUGCUCAAUGGCGAGUUCCUGUUGGAAUCAGCUUCUUCUGGGCUUUCGUACUCGGUGUUGGUAUCCUAUUCUUCCCUGAAACACCAAGACAUGACUUCCGGCAUGGAAAGGUCGAGCAGGCCACGAAGAGUGUUGCAAAGUUUUAUGGUGUCAGCACGAGACACAAAGUUGUCAAGAAGCAGUUGGAUGAGAUGCAGCAGAAACUCGAGAUUGAGUUGCAAGGUGGCACACCAUCGGUCAUGGAGGUUUUUACUGGACCACGAAUGUUGUAUCGUACAUUGCUCGGCAUCACUAUUCAGGCACUCCAGCAAAUGACAGGUGCCAAUUUCUUUUUCUACUAUGGCACUACCAUCUUCUCCUCCGUCGGCUUGAAUGACUCAUUCGUCACACAAAUCAUCCUGGGAAGCGUUAACGUAGUCACCACCUUCCCUGGACUCUACAUGGUAGAAAAAUUUGGUCGUCGAUCAUGCUUAACCAUAGGUGCCGCCUGGAUGUUCAUGUGCUACAUGGUCUUCGCAUCCCUAGGCUACGCCGCCCUCGAGAACCCAGACGGCACAAACGACCAAACUGUCGGCAUGGUCAUGAUCGUGUUCGCCUGCCUCUUCAUUGCCGCCUUUGCAUCAACCUGGGGCCCCAUGGCCUGGGCCGUAACCUCAGAGAUCUACCCCUCCCGCUACCGCUCCGUCUGUAUCGCCCUUUGCUCCGCCUCAAACUGGACCUUCAACUUCUUCAUCGGCUUCGCCACCCCCUUCAUCACCAGCGACAUCGGUUUCUCGUACGGUUACCUCUUCGCGGCGUGCAAUUUUCUCGCGGUUCUGGUGGUGUUCUUCUUCCUGCCGGAGACGAGCGGCAAGUCCUUGGAGGAGAUCGAUACGAUGUUCUUGAUGAGGGUCAAGCCGUGGAAGUCGAGUAAGUGGGAGGUGCCGGAGGGGGAGACUUUGAGUUCGACGGACAGGAGGGCGUCGGAUGCGUAUGCGGAGAAGAGGAGGGCUUCGGAGGCUUCGAGGAGAUAG